AUGACACACAUUCGUCCUAAUAGACUUAUAAGAAAUAAUUCAAAUUCCGAAAAUAAUAUCAGAGGUAAUGACUUAGAAUCUAAACUUGAAAAAUUACAAAAUAUUAUAGAUGAAGCGAAAGAACAAAAAGAAAGAAUCAAACGAUAUCAAAAUACACAAAUUAUCGUGUCUAGUAUUAUCAACCAAAGAAACCAAGAAAAAGAAGAAUUUAAACAAAAAAUCAAUAAAUUGAAAAACAAAAAUAAAGAACUCCGACGACAAAUUCUUAUGUUAAAUAAUGAUCUUUAUUACGAACGGAUUUUAAACGAACGAAUCAUCGCUAAUCAGCAAACCCAAAUAGAUAAUUUAGAAACUCGCCGUUUGAGGAGAAUGAAUGCAUUUUUUAUUACCAACAAUAUAAGCGUUCAUAUUUCUACUCUAGGAAGACCACUAGGAUUGGAUUUUUUAUUAUUAUAUUACAUAUUCGAAAAU